AUGGAGGCAGAGAACAGCACAAUGGUGACAGAGUUCAUCCUCCUUGGUCUGACGCAGUCUCACGAUGUUCAACUCCUCGUCUUUGUGCUGGUCUUCAUUUUCUACCUCAUUAUUCUCCCUGGCAAUUUCCUCAUCAUCCUCACCAUAAGAUCAGACCCUGGGCUCUCUGCUCCCCUUUACUUCUUCCUGGGCAACUUGGCCUUCCUGGAUGUGUCCUACUCCUUCAUCGUGGCUCCCAGGAUGCUGGUGGACUUCUUCUCUGAGAAGAAAGUCAUCUCCUACAGAGGCUGCAUCACUCAGCUCUUUUUCCUGCACUUCCUGGGAGUUGGGGAGAUGUUUCUUCUUGUGGUGAUGGCCUUUGACCGCUACAUCGCCAUCUGCCGGCCGUUACACUAUUCGACCCUCAUGAAGCCCAGUGUCUGUUAUGCAUUGCUGUUGAUCCUAUGGAUUGGGGGCUUUGCCCACUCCAUUGUGCAAGUGGCCCUAAUCCUGCACUUGCCUUUCUGUGGCCCCAACAGGCUGGAUAACUUCUUCUGUGACGUCCCACAGGUCAUCAAGCUGGCCUGCACGGACACCUUCGUAGUGGAGUUACUGAUGGUCUCCAACAGUGGGCUGCUCACCCUCCUGUGCUUCCUGGGGCUUCUGGCUUCCUACGCUGUCAUCCUGUGCCGUGUGAAGGGUCACUCCUCUGAGGGGAAGAGCAAGGCAGUCUCCACAUGCACCACACACAUCAUCAUUGUGUUCCUCAUGUUUGGCCCUGCCAUUUUUAUCUACACUCGCCCCUUCCGGGCUUUCCCAGCUGACAAAGUGGUUUCUCUUUUCCACACAGUCAUCUUUCCCUUAAUGAAUCCUGUGAUAUAUACACUUCGCAAUCAUGAAGUCAAAGUCUCCAUGAGGAAAAUGCUAUAUCGGCACAUAGUUUUAUGA